AUGGAGGCGUCAGGAGAAAAAACACUUAAUACAGAUAUUUUAUCAGCUUGUUCAACACCUAAAAACAGCUUUUUUCAAAGCUUUACUUCACCAAACAACAUCGAAGUUUUCUUAGACAAUUUAUCUACAGAUUUCACCGUAGAGAAUGCUACAAACAUUGGGAAUUUGCCAGGAACUUCAACAACAAACGCUGCAGCUGGGGGAGGAUUUACAUGUUGUGUACCUUUAUGUUACAACAACUCAAAAAGAAACAGAGAAUUGUCGUUUUACGUCAUUCCAAAAGAUGAAGGUUUAAGAAAGACUUGGCUUUCAAAAAUAAGUAGAAAAAACUUUAAACCAACAUCAGGCCAUAGAGUAUGCUCUGCUCAUUUUGAAGGUGGUAAAAAAACGUACAUGAACAAUAUUCCAACGAUUGUACCAAAAACUAUAGCACCUACACCGGUUAAAAAAAGAAACACCAUGACUAGUCUUGGUUUAAAAAGAAAGCUACCUUCCCCUGAAAAACCUAAAGAUCCUGAGCUGACUGUAGAGGAGGCAUUACAGCAAGAGAUUCAAAAAUUGGAAGCCACCAUAGCUAAUAUGAAAGUUGAAAUAACAAAAAAAGAAAACUCAUUAUUAGCAGAGAUAAAUUCUUUACAAACAGAAGUUGAUGAAAAUAAAUUUACAGUGGACAGAUUUAAAUACAACACUGCACAUUUUAAAUUUUACACUGGUUUUGAAAGCUACGAAAUGUUUAAACUUGUACUUGAAUAUUUACAACCAGCUGCUGACUCUCUAAUAUACUGGGGAUCAAAUACUAACAUUGAAAACACAAAAACCUAUAAUGGUAAACGUGGGCGAUCCAGAGCUACAACAGCUGAAACAGAAUUUUUUAUGAUUCUUAUUAGACUUCGCUGUGGAUUUCCUAUUGAAGACAUGGCAAUACGAUUUAACAUGUCGACUAGUAAUGUAAGUCGAAUAUUCAUUACUUGGAUAGACUUUUUGCACACUCAACUGAGAGUACUUCCUAUAUGGGCUUCAAAAAAAACAGUAGCAGAGACAAUGCCAAAAUGUUUUAAAGAUUUAUAUCCCACAACACGUGUUAUAAUAGACUGUACAGAAAUAUUUACAGAGAUGCCUUCUUCAUACCGCAGCCAAUCAGCUACUUUUUCCAGCUAUAAACAUCACAACACUGCUAAAGGAUUGGUAGGGAUUGCACCAAGUGGAGCAGUUACAUUCGUAUCUGAUUUAUAUGCUGGAAGAAGUAGUGACCAAAAAAUUACUCGACACAGUGGAAUUUUAAAUUUAUUAGAACAUGGUGACUCGUUAAUGGCUGAUCGAGGAUUCGAUAUUGAAGAGGAUUUACCUGAUGGAGUAACUCUUAAUAUACCUGCGUUUCUAAAAGGUAAAACACAACUAGAUUUGGGAGAAGAACUUGAAACUAGAAGAAUUGCUUCUGUAAGAGUUCAUGUGGAGAGAGCAAUUAAUCGAGUUAAAAACUUUAGAAUUUUACAGUCAAUAUUUCCAUUGUCAAUGGCACCUGAUUUAAAUAAAGUCUGGGUAAUUUGCUGUUAUUUAGUCAAUUUUCUUCCACCACUUAUAGCACAGAAUGAGGAAUAA